AUGGAGUUUAACUUCAUUGGCGAUGACUUUGGUCCGCUCUUUCAUUAUCAGUAUCGGUUUAUAUUAAUUGGAGAUUCCACUGUUGGAAAAUCCAGUUUACUAAAAUAUUUUACUGAAGGCCGACCGGCUGAGAUAACAGAUCCAACAGUCGGCGUUGAUUUUUAUGCUCGAAUGGUCGAACUCAAUCCCGGAUACCGGGUGAAGUUACAACUAUGGGAUACAGCAGGACAAGAGAAGUUCAAAUCAAUCACGAGGUCCUAUUACCGCAAUUCCGUUGGGAUUAUGCUGGUUUUCGACAUAACCAAUAGAGCCAGCUUUGAACAUAUAAACUCAUGGUUACAAGAAGCUGAAUCAAAUGUUGGAGGUCCGUAUCCAGAGCAAUGUGUUUUUCAAUUAAUUGGUCACAAAUCUGAUUGUGGCGCCAAGCGCCAGGUGGAUUACGAAGAGGGAGAAUAUUACGCUAAGUAUCAUAGAAUGAAAUACAUCGAAACUUCUGCUAUUACUGGAGAAAAUGUAUUGGAGGCUUUUCUGAUGAUGGCCAAUGAGGUUCAUACAAAAAUUAAUGAAGGCCAUUUGAGAACCCAAGAAGGUUGGGAAGGGAUUAGAAACGGAACUAUGCGAUCUCAUUCGAUUUGUCUUUCUGAUAGCGUCCCGUAUGCUUCAGCUCAAAACGGCUGUGGAUGUUGA